UUUUAUUGUAGGAAACAAAAGCAUUAAAUCGAGUGGGAAGUGUUGCUUGGUAGCGAGUGUCGAAGGGGUAAAACGUUACGUUUAAACCUCUUCAUUGCAUUCGCAUACGAUCCGUUUCCGCUAACGUUAACAACGAUGGAGGAUUCAAAAUCACAACAGCAGCGAAAGAAAAACUACCGAAAGAGAAGCGCUCCAACAGACGAAGAUCAACUUCCUCCCUCUCAGAACAACAAUGAAUCAGACGAUGAACGAGAAAGAAGAAUGGCACUGGAGGAAAUCAAGCUUCUCCAAAAGCAGCGGGAAAGGAAAUCGGGAAUUCCAGCAAACCCUAGUUUGCAAGCGCAGAGUGGAACCGUCGGCGCUUUGGCUGCUAAAGCCGCCGAAAAGAACGACGGUGAUGGCGGCGACAAGGAUGAGCUCGUUCUUCAAGAUACCUUCGCUCAAGAGACCGCUGUUUUGGUUGAAGACCCUAAUAUGGUGAAAUACAUAGAGCACGAGUUAGCGAAGAAGAGGGGAAGGAAAGUGGAUGCUGCUGAUCAAGUUGAGAAUGAGCUGAAGCGUGCUGAAGAUGAACUUUAUAAGAUCCCUGAGCAUCUUAAAGUAAAAAGGCGAAAUUCUGAAGAAAGCUCUACUCAGUGGACUACUGGUAUUGCUGAGGUUCAGCUUCCAAUCGAAUUUAAAUUAAAAAAUAUUGAAGAAACAGAGGCUGCCAAAAAGCUUCUACAGGAAAAGAGACUUAUGGGUCGGACAAAAUCAGAUUUCAGCAUACCAUCGAGUUAUAGUGCUGAUUAUUUCCAGCGUGGAAGGGAUUAUGCUGAAAAACUUAGAAGAGAACAUCCAGAGCUGUACAAAGAUAGAAGUUCACAGGAUGAUAGUUCUGGAUCCAAACAAAAUGAUUUAAGCACUGAUGGCGCUGGAGCAGUACAGAGGCAGGCUGCAACAGAUGAAUUCAUGUUAGAGCGCUUCAGGAAAAGAGAACGCCACCGUGUAAUGCGAAGAUGACAUGAAUGUAUAUUUGUGGCAUACCUUGCAAAAGUCCAUCAAAGAUUGGUGGAGGUCCAGCUUCUGUUGAUUGGGAUGCCAAUGCCAUUGAUUUGCACCAGUUCCUUAAUUCAAACUGUUGCCAAAGAUCAUAGGGCUGCUUGAUCAUUAAUUUUUGUUGGUUCUCUUUAGAUAAAAAAUAUAUAUAUUGGUCACGGCCGGCGCCUGUCUGACUAUUCAGUGGCUUAUGUUGAGAGGUAGCAAUAGAAGUGUGUGUGAACAAUCCUAGCGAAGGCUAGAAUGGUGAUGGGGCCACCUACCUGCUUGUAAGCCGAUUUGGAUGUAUAAUAUUGACUUUCAAAAUAUUUAAUC